AUGGUAUAUUCAGAGGGGCUGGUAUAUUCAGAGGCCGAGGGGCUGGUAUAUUCAGAGGCUGAAGCACUGGUAUAUUCAGAGGGGCUGGUAUAUUCAGAGGCCGAGGGGCUGGUAUAUUCAGAGGCUGAAGGAUUGGUAUAUUCAGAGGCCGAGGGGCUGGUAUAUUCAGAGGCUGAAGCACUGGUAUAUUCAGAGGGGCUGGUAUAUUCAGAGGCCGAGGGGCUGGUAUAUUCAGAGGCUGAAGCACUGGUAUAUUCAGAGGGGCUGGUAUAUUCAGAGGCCGAGGGGCUGGUAUAUUCAGAGGCUGAAGCACUGGUAUAUUCAGAGGGGCUGGUAUAUUCAGAGGCCGAGGGGCUGGUAUAUUCAGAGGCUGAAGGAUUGGUAUAUUCAGAGGCCGAGGGGCUGGUAUAUUCAGAGGCUGAAGCACUGGUAUAUUCAGAGGGGCUGGUAUAUUCAGAGGCCGAGGGGCUGGUAUAUUCAGAGGCUGAAGCACUGGUAUAUUCAGAGGGGCUGGUAUAUUCAGAGGCCGAGGGCCAGGAGGAAGCACAAGCCAUCGAUCAGGAGCUCUUCACGGACAUGGAGCUGGCGGGGCUGAGCUGUGCCACGGCCAUUGCCAAGGCCUACCCACCCAGCUCCUUCACCAAAAGCCAGCCCACGGUGCUGAUUGUCUGUGGCCCGGGGAAUAACGGAGGCGACGGCUUGGUCUGUGCCAGGCACCUGAAGAUGUUUGGCUACGAGCCGACAAUAUUCUACCCCAAGCGGCCCAGUAAAGCGCUCUUUGAAGGGCUGACGACUCAGUGCCAGAAGAUGGACAUCCCCUUUCUCUCAGAGUUCCCGGCGGAGGCCAUGCUGAUCGAUGAGCUGUAUGGGCUGGUGGUGGAUGCGAUUUUCGGGUUCAGCUUCAAGGGAGCCGUGCGGGAGCCUUUUGGCAGCAUCCUCAAGACUCUGGAGCAAGUCACCAUUCCCAUCGCCAGCAUCGACAUCCCCUCCGGCUGGGACGUGGAGAAAGGCAACCCCGACAGCAUUCAGCCCGACAUGCUCAUUUCUCUCACUGCCCCCAAGAAGGCUGCGCAGCAUUUUGCCGGCCGCUACCACUUCCUGGGGGGCAGGUUUGUGCCAAUGGCGCUGCAGAAAAAAUACUCGCUUCAUCUGCCACCCUACCCCGAGACUGACUGCGUCCUGCAGUUGGCCUAGUGGCGGGGAGGCAGCGAAGGAGAGGGGUGAUUUGACUGCAAAGCGGAAAUGAGUCCUGCCCAGCAUAACUGAAUCAAACAGGCGCUGGAGUGGGGAGGGGGGGUUUGCUAGUUAGAAGGGGAGGAGCAAGGGUGGGGCCUAGUUUUGCUGUGUCAGGAAGGCCUGGUUCUACAAAGCGCCCUUUGCCAGGUGCUGAUCUCAGGGGAGUGGGCGCUCAGCACCUCGUUUGGUCUCUGUCCAUUUGGCACCCGGAAAUCCCCUGCAUCGCUCUGCCUGGCAGGCCCAGAGCCAGCUGUGGUAGGCACAUGGGUGCAGGGGACUGUGUUUGGUUCCACCCACUGCCUUUCGCAGUCAGCGGCAGGCUCUGCACGGACUUUGGAUCAGACCCAAAAAGUUCAUUAAAACAAGGGGGGUGUUGUUGGGAGUUACUGGAGGCUAGCAGUGAAGAUCUCUCACCAACUGUGUUUAAUACUUCCCCAGGCUUCACAGCUGCUGCCGGCCCCGAUGUGUAUAUAAAAUCAACCUUUGUUUUUCUCUGCAAUAAAAGAUUUAUUGACAUUAAAAA